AUGAUGGAACAAAUAGAGGACCCAUUUAUGGACACAGAUGAUAACAUAUAUGAUAACGAUGACACAGAAUACUUUAAAAAUAUAACAGAAGUGGAUUUAAAAAAGAUAAGUGACCAGUAUGUGGAGUAUUUGAAGUUAAUAAAAGAUAACUGGUCAUCAUGCCACGCAUCUAAAAUGCUCAACAAGAAUUUGCUAAGUAGGUACAUAGUACUGAGGUUCCGACAGCUGUCAGCUCCACUAAGAGUGAGAAUUUUAACGAGUUUCUUAUACAUAAAGGAGUAUCUGAGAAUAGACUGUCAAAAGCAACUAGUAAGAAUAUCUAAAUUUGCGGAAACAGACGCAAACGAAUGGGUGAGAAAAAUGGGAAAGUUAGUGAAGCCGUACAUUAACACGGGAAUAAUUGAUUUGAGGCUGAUAGAUACAGAAACGGCGUUCCGUAUAAUAACGUUCCUGGAUGAAAAAUUAUUGGAAUCCGGAGACGCAGAGUACGUAAGGAAGAGCGGAAUAGACGAAGUGCACAUAUGUAACCCAAACGACUUCGAUUUCGAACACAUGAAUGAAAUAAUAAAGGAUGAUGAGUACACACUGUACACACCAAGACAUAAUUUCGAUUACCUGGGAGAAACAAUAGAAAAAAGAGGAUUAUACAGCCUCAGGGAGUCAUAUAAUCACUAA